CUGAGAUUCGGCGUUCCGCGUGAGAGUCUACACUCUAAGAUUAGAGACUAGAGUGCAACGCAGCAAAACUUGAUGCUUUCUGCAGGGUGAUCCAAGCGUGUUCAUUGUGUUCCUCGCGCCAUGGCUGCCUCGUCGAUCGCCUCUCCUGUCGCCCAGCUUGUCCCUGUCGCUGCUUAUCGCAAAGCCUCCGCCUCAGCUGCAUCAAGAGACUCUCACUGGUUGUGCCCAACAUUGUCGCUGCCACAAUGCCUCGGCGCAUUGGGCGGGCAGUCCGCCUUCCUGUCCGGUCCGAUCCUUUCCAGGAAGGGGGAGUCCCAGCGGCAGUGCUUCUCCCGAGGCUUGCAGGUGCGGUGCGCAAAGGCUGCCACAUCCGGCAAUGUGGCUGAAGAUAUCAAGCAGCACACGCGCCUGCAUGACCUGUACAACCAGCAGGGGCAGAGCCCAUGGCUGGACAAUCUCACCAGGGACGACCUCCAGGACGGCAAGCUGCAGGAGUGGGUGGACAAGGGCAUCAGGGGUGUGACGGACAACCCGAGCAUCUUUGAGAAAGCAGUGAUGCACUCGGAUCGCUACGAUGGUCAGUACCGGGAGCUCAUUGCAGCGGGAAAGACUGUGGAGCAGAGCUACUGGGAGCUGCAGAUCACAGACAUCAACGACGCGCUUGAGGUGCUGUGGCCUGUGUAUGCGGCCAGCCAUGGGGAGGACGGCUACAUCAGCAUCGAGGUGUCCCCUGAGGUGGCCCUUGACACGCAGCGUACCAUUGACUCCGCACGCUACCUGCACGGCAGGAUCAACAAGCCGAACCUGAUGAUCAAGAUCCCGGCCACCAAGGAGGGCGUCCCCGCCAUCCAGCGCAUGAUCGCGGAAGGCCGGAACGUGAACGUUACACUCAUCUUUUCGCUGACGCGGUACGAGGCGGUGAUUGACGCGUACCUGGCGGGCCUGGAGGAGGCUGCUGAGCAGCUAUCAGCCGAGAAAGUAGCGGCCAUCUCCAGCGUUGCGUCCUUCUUCGUCAGCCGCGUGGACACGGAGGUGGAUAAGCGGCUGGACGCGAUCGGCACGCCCGAGGCGCAGGCGCUCAAGGGGAAGGCCGCCGUCGCGCAGGCCAAGCUCGCGUACGAACUUGCGCAAAACAAGUUCAGCGGCCCGCGGUGGCAGGGGCUGGCGACGCGCGCGAGCGCCAAGAUGCAGCGGCCGCUGUGGGCGAGCACGGGGACCAAGAACGCCGCGUACCCGGACACGCUGUACGUGGACCAGCUCAUCGGGCCCGCCACCGUCAACACCAUGCCCGAGAAAACCAUCCAGGCGUUCAUGGACCACGGCAGUGUGGCCCGCACUGUGGACCAGGAACUGGACGACGCGCACGCCACCAUGCGAAAGCUCAAAGAGAUCGGCAUCGACAUGGAGGACGUGGCGACGACGCUGGAGAAGGCGGGCCUGGACUCCUUCGGGCAGUCGUUCUCGUCGCUGAUGGACAGCCUGACCAAGAAGUCGGAGCAGCUCACGCCCGCCUAGGCGCACGCCGGCACCCGGGGGAGCGGGGAAUCGGGUGUGCACCCACCAGGAGGGACGCGGAGAGAGAUCAUGCAUCAGGAGCGGACCGGAGGAGCCCCUCGGCUUGCCAACCCAAUGAUGAUGUAACAAUACAGUGAACGCUUAGGGCCAGAUGUCAAAUAUAGGUGUAAGCAUAUGGUGCAUGCCAGGCUGUACAAUAUUACGCACGCUUUCAAUGGAAAAAAAAGGACGCUUUGCAGGAUAUCCUUGUACAAGUAAGUCGGAGGUUCCGCCCAAAUCCCUGUGAAAACCAAGCUGGAAAAGUUUUGUUCCGAAGGAUACGUCGUUUGAUCGAGGGACGUGUAGCUGCUCAUGCAUGCUUGGUCGCGUACGAUUUUAUUCAAGUCAGAGCAAUGAAAGUACGUUUCUGGCUGACAAUCUAUUCACCUGGCAAGCCGGGUUGGGCAUAAUCGUCCGUGAGUCGGUAGUACAGCGCACUCCUCAAAUAGUUCUUUGGCGAUGUAGGGACGUAAACUGUCAUCUGUACGCCAUGCGCGCUGGCGGCAGCAUGCGUGCUGCAGCGGCCCGAGCCUGUGUACACUCGAAGUUGAGC